AUGUUGUCAGUCUCGUUGCCCUCCUUAAGGUCAUUUCUUCCCUUUCCGAAGGAAAAGAAGGUAAUCAACUUACCGCCUGUAAAGACGCAUGAUAUCGAAGCGCCAGAGAAGCCGGCAAGGGCAUUGAAGUACUUGCUGAAAUUGAACCACGCCAACUAUGCAAUCCUAUACAACCACCGAAAAUUCCAUAACCACGCUCCCCACCUUCUCGGUGGGGCGUUCCUGCAGGGCGCUGACGCGGAUGACCUCUCCCGCAUCUAUGAAUCAGAGUCCAAGCUGUUAGAAGCGUGGCAAGACUCGCCAGCAGAGGUGACUGACGAAGACUGGAGGAGUCACCUGGGCCGUCGAGAAUAUGAAAAAGCAUUCGUGGACUACUACGAAGACGAACUAGUCCGGCUCAACUACGAUUGGAAAGAAGUCGUGGAAGAAUACCUAUUCUCCGGCGACGAGCCCAUAUUCAGCUCAAUCCUGGCAGAUCUGGGCCACCCUCUCAUCCACCUCGCCUACGCAUACGAGACAAACAGCCGCGAAGUAGCAAUCGAAGCGCUGGGCCUCGCAUCCGUCUGCUACAACAGCACGCACAAAUAUCUCGACGAGCCCAUCUACUCACAAACCAGCCCCUCAUACCAAACAACCUCUCUCUUCGAAAUCCUCGACAAAGUCCGCUCAGACACCAGAUUCGACGACCUGCCCAGUACACCGGACCACCACAACCUGCUCAACACGCACGAGGCGGCCGUCCUGGAGCACUGGAACGCGUGGAAGAUCGAGGAUCCGCUCGCGCAGUUCCGCGAGAGCCAGGAACUUGCCGCCGCGCUGUUCAGCGCCACGCACGGAGCUCAGCAGAAGUACGAUUUCUUCCUUGUGCAUGUGCUGACUACCAGCCAUGCGGUCCGUGUCUUGUUGCCGUUGAUUCCGGCUAGGCUCCAGAUUCCGCUGUUGAGGCAGUGGUGGCUUAUGGCUCUUACUACUUUUAUUGGGCAGCAUCGGCUGGAGAUUCGGAUGGAGCGGGUUGAGAAUUAUGAGCUUGAGGGCCGGGGUUGGGAGUGGGUGGCUGGGAAGGCUGUUAAGGGGGAGUAUUCGGUUGAUGUGCAUUAUGUUAAGGCUGUUCGGGCUUUGGAGCAGAUGGCUGGUACUUGGGAGGAUGGGGAGGAUUUCUAUUUGAAGGCGGCUGUGCAGUUUGCGGAUGAGUUUGGUGGGUGGGGAUUU